GAAAAUGUUUAGAGAAUUAAUAAUUUCCGAUAUGUAUUGAUUUUUCAGCGGUUUAAUCUCUAUUUACGUAAAUCUAUGUAUGUAGACAAUGAUUUAUGAGAGAGGUUAUUAAAUUCACCGCCGUCAAUUUAAAUAUAUGGGCGCCUAUAUUCAAGUUAUUUACAAAUUUGUAGUUGUAAUGUGAAACCGAGCCAUUUAAUUUGGUUUGUUCCUUCAGUGUUUAAUUUGAAAAAAUUUGUACUUUGUAUAUAAUAUGGAAGACGAUGCACGUUUAGUACCACGUAGUGGACUUUUACAAACUGCCACUAACCUUGGCAGCCCGAUCAAAGAUGCACCUGGGCAUGUUGACGACAAAUCAAAUCCAUAUAAACCACAAAUAGACAAAUACGAAGUAAACCAAAUGUUUGAAAAGAAAUUCCAUUAUCAGAAACCAUCAGGAGAAGACGGUUGGAAAUUGCCAAAACCAGAUGAAAUGUUUGCAGAAUUUUAUCAAAUAAACACACUGCAAGAACUGAAACCAAAACUAAACAAAGUUAAGUCUAAAUUGAAUGACUACAGCAUUGAAGACUGGAGUUUGCAUACAAGACGACAGGAUCCUUCUAAUGAAAUUCCAUGGCGUUUGAAAAAUGAAACGAAAGCAGAAUUUGUCACGAUAGCUUGGUGUAAAUUUUUCGAAUGCCUGCACUCCUACCCACUUGUGAAAGGGCCACAUUUGAAUUCGUUGCAUCUGUGCGAGUUGCCGGGUGCAUUUAUUGCUGCUUUGAAUCAUUACUUGCAUUCGACAUUCCAAAAAAGUGAAGUGCGGUGGCGUUGGCUUUCAACAACGCUUAAUCCCUAUUAUGAAGGUAACCCAAGUAGCGGAAUGAUUUCAGAUGAUCGAUUCAUGUUUCAUACGUUUGACAAUUGGCUAAUGCAUGAUGACUUCACCGGUAAUAUUAUCAGUCGUAAUAAUAUCGAGCAAAUGCAGGAACAGUGCAAACAACGUUUGGGAAAUAAUGUCCAGCUCAUUACAGCUGAUGGCUCAAUAGACUGCGUUGACGCACCAGAUUGCCAAGAAGAAGUAGUCGCAUCUCUUCAUUUUGCUGAAAUCACCACUGCUUUAAGUAUAUUAGCGGAUGGUGGAUGCUUUGUGGUAAAAAUGUUUACGCUUUUUGAAUCUUCGAGCGUCUGCCAACUUUUUUUACUUAAUUGCGUUUUUGAAGAAGUACAUGUUUUUAAACCGGCCACCUCGAAGCGUGGGAAUUCAGAAGUCUAUCUUGUUUGUAUUGGUUACAAAAAGGAAACACAAUAUUUACCAGAACUGUUGCAAAAAAUGAAAGAAAACGUUGAAUGUAUCAACAUAUUACCACUAUUUCCAAAAUCGCAUUUACCAACCGAUUUUUUGCUCCAGCACGAAAUAUGCGCACGCCUUUUUAUGAAUUUGCAAAUUGAAGCCAUUGAGUCUAAUAUACAAGCCUAUGAAAUAAAACCAACACGACGGCAAGUAAUUUAUAAGCAACAUUUGCGAACACACACGGCAAAUGAGUUUUACACUCGCUACAAGGUGAGCUGCAUUGCCGAGGAAGAUAAAAUUUUAUUUAGCUGUCCAAAUACGAAUGAAAAUUGCAAAUCAAAACCUUUUUGCAAAGGUUCAUACUCCGAACGCGAAAUGGCAAAGGACACAACCAUGGAAGAGCGGAUAUUUGCAUUGCAUCGCACAAUGAACAAUCUGGAAAAAAUGUUGGAUUUGAAUUAUGGAAUGAAUUUUCAUGAAGAAAGCGAAAUUUCAAGUAAAUCAAAUCCAGAGUUUCGUAUUUAUCGUGGUGCUUUAUUUACGGAAUUGCUUAGUAGCCUAUUUGUACAUCCGUUUGUAAUGCAGUUUCACCAGAAACUUAAACAAAUUCUAGGCCGUGAUCCCAUAUUCAUAACGGCGCCUAGUUGUACUGCGGGCGAUAUGAAAAUUCCUAUUAAUAAUGAUAAGACGCGAAGUUUUUCGCUUCUUCCUCGCCAAUUUCUGAUACAAUUGCUCGGCACCAUUUAUGAAAAGCAACCUCGAAAAAUCGUUUUUUCAAAUAUAAUUUUACUAACACAUUUGUCGGUUUCGGUAUUACGUUUUUUGGCUUUGUAUAUGUAUGAACACUUAAAUAUCUCAACAGAGCCGGAAUUUAAGAUUGAGUUACAAUCCAAACGUGAUAAAUUUACAAAAGAACAAAUAUCUACCUUGAAAAAAUUGCAUUCACUUCUUGUGGAUGAUUUGAAUAUUUUAUGCAUUUUGCCUAUUGAUAAAUUGCAUCGGAAUGAAUUCGCUAAUGCAUUGACCAAUCACAACAACCAGCUGUUGUUGAAAAACUUUAAACUAGCUUUAAACAACUAAGCUAGAUACUCUCAAUAUUUCUAAGCAAUUUAGAUUUAAAAUAAAUAUAAGAGUUUUUAAUGAAAAAUAAAAAUGAACUUUAUAAACAU